AUGGCUUCUUUGGGAGGCUCGGUGCCUAUGUUCCGGAGCCUCGCGCCCCGGUUCUCCAAGGAAUUCUUCACUUGUCGUCAAUGCCUCGGACAGAGCCAGAGUUAUGCGACUAUAUCCGCACUUCGCAAGCAGUUUGCUGGCCUGUCCUUCGGCCAGAAGUCCCACAAUGCAAGUCCGAACGCACUCCGCAUGACGGCGACAAAGUGGUUCUCGCCUAUCCUGCGUAGAUCCGUCUCUGGGUCAGCCGUGGCUGGUGCGCUGGAGGACGGAGCUUCUAAAGCCAAGUCUAGCUUUCCCAAAGUGUCUGACAAGAUUGUAGCUUACUGGCUGCUGGGGAGUGCGGCCAGUGUGUUCGGUAUUGUCGUCUUUGGUGGACUUACAAGAUUAACAGAGUCAGGGUACGUCCCGCUUUAUGCAUCGCAAUUUGAGGGACACUUGCUGACCUUAUUUGUCGAUAGUUUGAGUAUUACAGAAUGGCGUCCCGUCACCGGAUCCCUCCCUCCCAUGAACGCAGAAGACUGGGAGUCCGAGUUUGCAAAGUACCGUGCCUCCCCGGAAUUUCAGCUGCUGAACCCGAAUAUGAGCCUCUCCGAGUUCAAGUCGAUCUACUACAUGGAAUGGAUUCACCGUCUCUGGGGUCGUUUUGUUGGCCUGUCAUUUGUGCUUCCCGCUAUCUAUUUCGUCGCAAAGAAGAAGGUCACAAAACCCAUGUCGCUACGUCUAGCAGGCAUUGCGGGUCUGAUCGGCUUCCAAGGCUUCAUCGGUUGGUGGAUGGUUAAGUCCGGACUCAAGGAAGACCUCUUUGCGCAAGGCAGCCACCCCCGCGUGAGUCAGUAUCGUUUGACGGCUCAUCUUGCGACCGCCUUUGUCUGCUACACUGCCAUGCUCUGGAACGGUCUUGCUAUCCUGCGGUCUCAUCGGCUCCUGGCUGACCCCGAAGCUGGAAUUAAGCUGCUGGACUCGCUGCGUGACCCCAAACUUAACAUCUUCCGUCGAUCUGUUGCCGGUCUGGCCCUUCUGGUCUUUGCUACUGCCAUGUCCGGUGCCCUGGUUGCCGGUCUGGAUGCCGGUCUGAUCUACAACGAGUUCCCAUUCAUGGGCAAUGGUCUGGCUCCUCCCAAGUCGGAGUUGUUUGACGAGCGUUAUUCACGACACGAGGACCGGUCUGACCUCUGGUGGCGCAACAUGCUGGAGAAUCCUUCUCUUGUGCAACUGGACCAUCGUAUCAUGGCUAUGACCACGUUCACCAGCAUUAUGGCUCUGUGGGCUUAUUCUCGCCGAUCUCCAACCAUGAAGCGCUUGCUUCCACCUGCCGCCAGGAAGGGCCUACACGGUGUGGUUGCAUUUGCUUGGGUCCAAGUCGGUCUAGGCAUUUCAACCCUUCUCUACCUUGUCCCUACUCCUCUUGCCUCUGCUCACCAAGCAGGCAGUCUCUUCCUUUUGACCUGGGUGCUUGUCUUGGGCAGCCGUAUCUGGCACCCGUCUAGGACGGCGAAGUUGCUCCAGAUGGCUGCAAAGGCUCGUGGCCACGCGGUACACAAUGCUGCUACUCAAGCUGCCCACAAGCUGUGA